GGGCCGUCAGAACAGAGAAGUCGAACACAACUUCUGUUAUUUGCCGAGAAGGAUGAAGUGGACGGCGGCGUUCCUGGUCUUGCUCCUGGUGGUGCUGAUGGCGCAGCCCGGAGAGUGUAUUUUCGGAAUGAUCGUUCACGGCCUGUUUCACGCUGGGAAGCUGAUCCACGGGUUGAUCCACGGGAAUCGCGGCUUCGAAGAGCAAGAAGACUUAAACAAGCGCUCGGUGGAAUUUGCGCCCGACCAGCCCGCCUUCGACUGAGGCCGCCCGCUUGCAUCGCUUCGCUGCCGCCAUUUUUUGGUUUUUGUUUCCGUUUCGUUUUUUGUCUUUUUUGGUUUGCUUGUUGGUCUUGCUGUCAAAUUCCUGAAGAGCAACAACAAUGCCAUUUUUGGGCUUAUGCAAUUUGGAAUAAAUCUGCAAUAUUUCACA